AGGACAGCACCCUACAUAAAGCGGACACCCACCGCGGCACACGGGCUGGACUCCGCGCACCCUCCUGCGGCCCGCGCAUUCUGGGGCCUCUCGUCCCGCGGCCGCUGGAACUGGACGCCAUGGACCCUACGUGUACCCUCAGGCUGUUGCUUCUGCCUUUGCUCGUGGUGGGCACUGCACCGGGCGACGCUGCUCAGGGGCGUCUAGGAAACAACGCGGAGAUCUGCCUCCUGCCCCCCGACGAAGGGCCCUGCCGCGCCCGGAUCCCCUCUUUUUACUACAGCAGGUACACCCAGAGCUGCCACCAGUUCAUGUACGGGGGCUGCGAGGGCAACGCCAACAACUUCGAGACUCGGGAGGCCUGCGAGGAGGCUUGCUGGAGGAUCGAGAAAGUUCCUAAAAUUUGCCGUUUGGAAGUCAGUGAGGGGCAGUGUGGGGAGCCCCGAGAAGCCUAUUUCUUCAAUCUAAGUUCCAUGACAUGUGAACAAUUCAUGUCUGGUGGGUGUCACCACAAUUCGAACCAGUUCCCGGAUGAAGCUACUUGCAGAGACUUCUGUGCACCAAGGAAACGUCCAUCAUAUUGCUACAGUCCAAGAGAUGAGGGACUAUGCUCUGCUAAUGUGACUCGCUAUUAUUUUAAUCCAAGACACGGUGCCUGUGAGACCUUCACCUAUACUGGCUGUGGAGGGAAUAACAAUAACUUUCUAAGCAUGAAGGAUUGCAAACGCAUUUGCAUAAAAGGAGCCUCAAGGAAGAAACUACGUAAGAAGAUGCCAAAGCUUUUCUUUCCUGGUAGAAGACUGAAACUUCAGAAGAAGCAAUUUUAACUGGUUGUUUUGUUUUUGUUUUCUGUCUGUUUUUUUUUUUUUUUU